UUGUUAUUCGGUGAUAAUCAUUUGAAGUAUUUACAUUUCGGACUUGAUAUUUUUCACUUCGCAGUAUUCAAAAGCCAACAGGUUCGUAAUGUUGGCCGGUUUGGGCAAGUGUUUGCCACUCCUUAAGCUCGACUCCACUCUGGAAAGUAUAUAAAGCAACUCAGAUUCCUUCAUUGAAGUACCAGAUUCUAUUGAUCAAUUUCAAUAUCUUCAAAAUGUCUUAUUCUCCUGUUAAACUCCACGGUAAUUUUGGCUUUGGUACUAUGAGUCUUACUUGGACUCCCCAACCUAAACCAAGACAACAAUCGCUUGACUCAAUCAAGUACGUGAUUGAAAACCACAAUGUUUCAUUUCUCAAUUGGGGAGAGUUUUACGGUCAUAACGGUAGUCCUUCGAAUUUAGAAUUACUUAAAGAUUUUUUAGAAAAAAAUGAUUCUGCUGAAAAUAGAAAGUUGGUUUUUUCAAUCAAAGGUGCAGUUGAUACUAAAACUUUGGUUCCAAACGGAUCUAAAGAGUCAGUUGAACGCUCUAUCAAUCAUAUUCUUUCUUACUUCCCAAAAGAUAAGGCCAAAAGACCACAAAUUCUUUUUGAAAUUGCUAGAAGAGAUUUCAAAACUCCUUAUGAAGAAACUGUUGGUUACAUUGCUGAAUUUGUCAAAGCAGGUAAGAUUGAUGGAAUUUCUCUUUCUGAAGUUGGUGCUGAGUCAAUUUCCAAGGCAAUCAGUGUGUUCCCAAUCUCUGCUGUUGAGUUAGAAUUAUCUUUAUUAUGUCAAGAUUUAAUCUUCAACGGUGUUUUGGAAGAAUUAUCGAAAAGACAAAUUCCAAUCAUUGCUUAUAGUCCUCUUUGUAGAGGUUUACUUACUGAUCAUGCUGCUGAAACUGCUGACACUUUCUUGGAUUCAAUUCCCGAAGGUGACAUCAGACAUCACAUGGAUAAGUUUAGCCCUGAAAAUUAUAAGCACAAUAUUGAAAUUGUUAAAAAAUUAUAUGAUUUUGCUCACUCCAAAGGUACCUCUUUAGAGUCAUUGGCCUUAUCAUGGAUUUUGAAGAUCUCUCAAUUGCCUGAGUUCGAGGGUAUUAAGAAUGUUACUAAAAUCCUACCUAUUCCAAGUGGUAGUACAAAAGAAAAAAUUGAUAAAAACUUUGGUAACUUGGUUGAAUUAACUAAUGGCGACUUGGCUGAAAUUCAAAAAAUUACCACCGACAACAAAGUCAAGGGUUACAGAUACCAGAAACAUAUUGACUUUAUGAAUUUUGCUUAAUCGCAAGCGUUAUACUUAUGUAU